CCAAAGGGAUAGGAGGACCGGAGGAGGAGGAGGAGCGUUAGCGUUGUUUUAAAUUGAAUCAAUCUAUGAAGAGUCACACUCUGACUCUGUUACUGAUUUCUCCUCCCCCCAAACGAUGUCGUCCCAAAGCACAGCAGCUCCAAGAAAUUCGGGUGUGCACCAAUCGCACCUGCCGCAGACAGGGCUCCUUUCAAACCCUGGAGACCCUAUCUGGCCUAGCUCCUCCAAACGUCGCCAUUAAGUCCUGCGGCUGCUUGGGCCGGUGCGGCGGCGGCCCCAACCUGGUGGUCCUGCCAGAUGGUCUCAUCGUCAGCCAUUGCGGGACGGCUGCUCGGGCGGCGGAGGUCAUGGUGAGUCUGUUUGCCGAUGGCGACUCCAAGACUAGUUUGGAUGCGCUCGCUUUGAGGAAGAGAGCCGAUAUUGAGUUUGAGAAGCGAAAUUUCACUGAUGCUGAGCUUCUGCUCUCACAGGCUAUAGAUUUAAAACCAUUUGGUGGCAUACAUGUCACAUUUAAAUGCAGGUCAUUUGUAAGGUUGGAAUUGGGCAAUUACUAUGGUGCCCUCGAAGAUGCUAGGGAGGCUUUGACAUUAGCUCCCGGGUAUUCUGAGGCUUAUAUCUGCCAAGGCGAUGCCUUUUUGGCACUGCAGCAACUUGAUUCAGCAGAACAGUCAUAUUUAGCAUCUUUAGAUAUAGAUCCUUCUAUCCGUCAUUCUAAAUCAUUCAAGGCUCGAAUAACGAAGCUUCAGGAAAAACUUGCUGCUGCUAAUACGUCAAGUUAAUGCAAUAACAGUGAUGUCAGGAGUAAUAAUAAUUUAAUCUACUGUUUCCAGGGUUGGAACAAGUACUAUAGCCUUAGAGGAGCAAGCUUGAAAUUAAUCUAGUAUUGGAAGCCCUAGUUCUUGAUCAAUCAAGAAUAGGGUGAUCUUGGUGUAGAAUUAUAUUUGGAGUAGCUUUCUUGGACUUUAAGUAACAUUGGAGGGAAACCUUAAACAGGUACUCCAGCAGUAGGAGAGAGUAACUUACAGCACACGAGGCCCAUACAUGGUUAGAGGACCCAACUAUAUUGGACGUGUUAUUUUGAGGAUGAUUGUAUCUAUUCUUUUGGAGCAUGAUGUAUGAUCAUGCAUAGAGAUAGUCUGUUAUUUAUUUUGAGAGACAUGUAUGUUUAUGAUGUAUAUAUUCUACAAUUAAGGCAUGUGUGGCCUUUAUACAUUUAUAUGCUUCUGAUAUUGGCAUGCAUAUGAAUAUAUGUAUGAUAUGUUAGAUUAUAUAAAGGUUGGCACGAAACCAUUAUUUGUAUGAA